AUGCUCUUUGUAAGGAUGGAAUGGUUUCAGAGGCUCAAAAUACAUUCAAUGCAAAUGAUUCAAAGAGGUGUAGAGCCUGAUGUGGUCACCUACAAUUCCUUAAUUGAUGGUCUUUGCAUUUCAGACCAAUUCAAGGAAGCUUUGGCCUUGUUGAAAGAAAUGGUGGGGAGGAACAUAUCCCCUGAUGUUUUUACCUUCAAUAUAUUGAUCCACACUCUUUGUAAGAAAGGACUGGUUUCAAAUGCACAGAAUAUAAUCAAGAUAAUGAUUCAAAGAGGUGUGGAACCUGAUGUUGUCAAUUAUAAUUCAUUGAUGGAUGGAUAUUGUCUGUGCAAGCAAAUUGAUAAGGCUAGAAAGCUAUUUGAUCUGAUGGUGACCAAUGAAAUAGCUGACAUUUUUAGCUACAACGUUUUGAUCAAUGGAUAUUGUAAGUGCAAAAUGAUAGAUGAUGCAAAGCAGAUUUUUGACGAAAUGUCUCAUAAAGGUUUAGUUCCUGAUGCUGUUACUUAUCAUACUCUUAUAAAGGGUAUGUUUCAAGCAGGGAGGCCCCAAACUGCAAAAGAGCUCUUUAAGGAUAUGUGCUCUUAUGGUCAACAACCAAAUAUAGUAACCUUCUCAAUUAUGAUUGAUGGCUUGUGUAGACAGGGGAAUCUCGAUGAAGCACUCACCCUAUUGAAAGAAAUGGAGGAAAGUCAGUUGAAGCCUGAUCUUGUGACCCAUUGCAUUCUGAUCAAUGGUAUGUGCAAAGCUGGCAAGAUUAAUGAUGCCAAGGAACUGUUUUCUAGUCUUUUUGAAAAUGGUUUACAACCUAAUGUUCAUAUAUAUAGUGCAAUUAUGAAAGGACUCUGCCGACAAGGAUUAAUGGAUGAAGCGUAUAAGGUAUUUAAAGACAUGGAAAAGGUAGGAUGUUUACCAAAUAAUUGUUGUUAUAAUAUCAUCAUUCAAGGGUUUCUCAAGCAUGAGGAUUUACCAAAAGCAUCAGAACUAAUCAAUGAAAUGGUUGAUAAGGGUUUCUCUGCUGAUGAUGCUACCACAGAAUUGGUAGUACAUUUAUCGCGGAAUAAUGAUCUCAUUCUGAGGCUUUUAAAGGUGCGCAAUGAGGGAUCAGCAAACUAAAGUUGUUAUAUCUUGACCAUUCAAGUGUGUCUUGGAGCGCAACUUGGUACUUGCAAGGAUAUGAUUACAACUUCAUCUUUCUAACAAUAAAGGUAUAAGCAAUUCUUUUUUGCUUAAUUAUUAUAUUUUUAAUAAUAAUGAAAAUAAUGAUUAUAAACCAGUGUGCUUUAAUUGAGAAUUGAUUUAACAAUUAGACUACACUAUAAAUGCAGUGUGCAGGAUAUAGAGUCCCAGAGUACAAGGUAAUAAGAGAAUCACUAGACUUCUACACCUGUUGGUUGGAUGAAAUGUCACUAAAAUUAUAGAUAACAGAAAAUGUUAUGGGAAUUGAGGGAAAAGCAAACAUCCUCUUUGUCACCUUUUUUUUUUUUUCCUAGUCAUCAAGUUGGGUAUAUAUAUAUAUAUAGAUCCUUAAUUUCUUUUAUUUUCCUUCAAGUCAAAUUAGUGAAAUCAUUGCAUUAGCAUCUAAUAAUAUGAAGUUCACAAUCUUUUCCAAUGAAAUCAAUUUUUUAACAUGAAAA